AUGGCCUCAUUCAGCAAGUCUAUUUUCCCACUUGGUGAUACAUCAGAGAAUGACUUGCGUAGUUUAUGCAAGACACUAUGGCAGUGGAAGCUGUGUGACGGCUGCGAGACUCAGACAGGGUGUCGCCUUUCAAAGUGUCCUUGGCAGCAGUCUGACAGGCUGGAGACCUUCUUCCAAUAUUAUCGCGACUCAACAGCGGUGUUUGUGCCUGACUGCAUCGGUGGUAUGCCCACGCUGCAAUCACAUAGUGACCUUCUAGCGAUUAUCCGAGAUAUUAAGCAACGACCACAGUUACAAAGACAGACAAUAACCCAGUUACACUUCAUCCAAAAAGCAUCCUCGCGCGGAAAUAACACUCUGCCAUCACAAAAUGAACAGAAUCAAGCCUUCAAUCUUGCUGUGCGGAUCAUGGCAAUGGUCAACUCGUCUACCGAGGAUCAGGUCGAAGGAGCUUUGCUUGAAUCUGGUUCGAUGCCUGUAACAUGGCAUGGCGAUACGUCUUUUGCAGAGUUCAUGGAACAGGCAUUCCAUACGCAAGAUACAACUUUACAAGUCACAGGUAGCGGAGACUUGUUCAACCAGAGCACCAAGCUGGCAAAACUAACGGCUAAGCGCCUCAAAAGAGUAGCCGGGUUGCAGCUUACGCCGACUGAUAACUUGUAA